GCUAUCGCUUUCUACCUGGGGUGGAUUGGUGUUUGGAGACGCCGUGCCGACGUGGGGGACAUGUCUCUUAGCGAUGAGGGCUUUGUGGUGCGGAUUCGGGGCUUGCCUUGGUCCUGCACACAGGAAGAGGUGGCAAGCUUUUUCUCAGAUUGUGACAUUGUGGGGGGUGUGAAUGGAGUGUGCUUUACCUUCUCCAAAGAAGGCAGGCCCAGUGGAGAGGCGUUUGUGGAGCUGAAAUCUGCAGAUGACUUCAAGAACGCCAUUGCCAAGGAUCGUAAAUACAUGGGGCAUCGGUACAUUGAAGUGUUCAAGUCGAACCGCAGCGAGAUGGACUGGGUUUUGAAGCGUAGCGGUCCUACUGACUACGACAACUGCAGCGGCUGCAUGCUGCGCCUCAGGGGCCUGCCGUUCGGCUGCAGUAAGGAGGAGAUAGUGCAGUUCUUCGCAGGGUUGAAAAUCGUGCCAAAUGGGAUAACAUUGCCGAUGGACUACCAGGGGAGGAGCACAGGGGAAGCCUUCGUGCAGUUUGCCUCAAAGGAGAUAGCAGAAAAAGCACUGGGGAAACACAAGGAAAGGAUAGGGCACAGGUACAUUGAAAUAUUUAAGAGCAGCAGGAAUGAAAUUCGGGCCUACUACGAGCUUCCUCGGAGGGCGAUGGGACAGCGCCCAGGUCCGUAUGACAGACCCAUGAUGGGUCGAGGCGGGUUCUUUGGCCCUGGACCGGGAAGAGGGGGCGCUCUUUUGGACCAGAUGCGCAGUGGAGGAGGCUACAGCGGGGGCUAUGGUGGCUUUGACAACUACAACGGCUUCAACAAUUACUGUUUCGGUAACGGUAUGUUUGAAGACAGGAUGAGGGGCGACCGUGGACGAGGUGUGGGCGGGCACAGCUACAGCAGUGCGGGAGAGACAGGCUCUGGCUUCCACAGCGGCCAUUUUGUGCACAUGAGGGGACUGCCCUUCCGUGCCACCGAGGCAGACAUCGCCAACUUUUUCUCCCCACUGAACCCGGUUCGGGUCCAUAUUGACGUUGGACCCAACGGGAAGUCCACAGGAGAGGCAGACGUAGAGUUCGGGUCUCAUGAAGACGCAGUGUCCGCCAUGUCCAAGGACAAAAACCACAUGCAGCACCGUUACAUUGAGCUCUUUCUGAACUCAACAGCCAGUGGCGGAUCUGACAUGGGCCGUGGUGGUGGUUUUUAUGGCAACUCCGGAGGCAUGGGUUCCAGAGGGAGCAGCCUUAGAGGAGUGUUUUAAUGGAGAGGAGCAGAACCCCACGUUUAAAAAUGGUAGAUCGUUUUUUUUUUUUUUUUUUGUAUUUGGGGAUGUUUUUCAUAUGUUCAUAUAAAUUGUACUUAGAAGAUUUUCCGGUCUGAAAGAGUGGAAAUAAAAUAUAUUUGAGAUGGUGCAUAGGUUAACCAGCUAUUGUACAUUUUGCUUAUUAAAUUUUAUAUUAAUCUUUGUUGUCUGAGUCUCAUCACUUCAGCCAUGUCGUUUUAUACGCAGAUUAUAAAUUGUAUUAUAUGCAGAUUAUAAACUGUGGACACACUUUCCUGUGUGUGCUAGUGGGAUGC